UUUUAAUCUACGGUACUGGAAGAUUGUGAUUUGUGAAUAGUUUCUUUGAUUCAUAGAUUUACGAUUCGGUACAAGUUGAUUUCAAUUUAUAUAAUUAUCUACGUAUACAGGUAUAUUUAAAGAUUACUUCAUGCUCAUAGAUAUUAGUGUACUUACUUACCUAUCAACUUCUAAGUAUCUUUAACACUAAUCUCAUAAUCUGUGGAUACUAAUCACUAAUCUGUGAAUAAAAUAAAGAUACGAAUCAGCUGUCUGUGAUACGAGUGAAAGUUUUUUGCUUGAAGUGGGAACAAAAUCACGAACUACGAAGCCCAGCUAUGCCGAUCACGCUGUACAAAAUAGACGGGAGUCCACCGGCGCGUGCGGUCAUGAUGGUGGCAAAUAUCCUGGGAGUUCAGUACGAGCCGUACGACAUAAAUCCUCUCAUGCGAGAACAAGAUACACCAGAGAUGACCAAGAAAAAUCCAAUGCGAACUGUUCCCUACAUGGAAGAAGACGGUUUUUGUUUAGCGGACAGUCAUGCCAUCAUGUUGUACUUAUUCGAUAAGUACGCCACAGCGGAGAACGCUAGCCUGUACCCGACGGACAAACGGAAAAGAGCAACCAUUAAUCAAAGGUUAUUCUUCGAUUGCGGCAUUUUAUUUCAGAGCCUCAGAUCCGUUAUGGCACCAACUUACACUGGCCGAUUGGCGGAAUUAUCGAAAUCGAUGAAGAGAAAUAUCGACGACGCAUACAGAAUGAUGGAAGCUUACUUAUCAGACUCCAUAUAUUUAGCUGACGAUGUCCUAACGUUAGCUGACAUAAGUGCAAUCACUACUAUUUCCUCUUUACAUGGAGUACACCCUAUAGAUGAAAAAAGAUAUCCUAAACUGAAUCGGUGGUACAAUACCAUGUCAGAGUUAGAAGUUUGCAAGAGGAUAAACCGACCUGGCGCAGAAAUGCAUGUGGCGAGCUUAAAAGCUUUCAUGGAGAUUACCAAAGAGAAGCUUAAAGCCAAAUUGUAGAUUAAAGCAUCAUCAUCAGCCUGAAUCCUUUCCUGAAGGACUUCACGAGAGCACACAAAACCCCAUACUAAUAUUAAAUGCGAAAGCAAGUCUGUCUGUACCUUUACGGCUAAACAGCUGAACCGAUUUGUAUGGAAUGCUCACCAGCUUAUACAACGUCGUCCCAGGGAACUCAUUUUUACCGUUUAAAAGUAUAUGAAGAUGAUAAAAUGAUGUAUAAAUAAGGGUCUGGUUAAAUAAUUGUCUUAAUAAAAGUAGGUUUUAAAAAAAAUACAUUUUUUUAUCACUCUUCUAGGACGAACUUCAAGUAACAUUUGAAGCUGUAUUGUUUUUUUCUGUUGCUUAAUAAAUAAUAAAACGAACAAACAAACCAAACAUAAGUCUACAAAAAAUAUCGUAAAACUCAGGCUGUAUGAUCAACGAUCUUUGCUUGUCCCCGUUGUGGGCAAAUUAAAGAUAAAUUGAAAAUGUCGUAAAACGUUGUAGCAAACUUUUUUUGAUAAAGUAAUAAUUACAUUAUUAAAGUAGAAUUAUGAAGAUAUUUUUUGAAAAAAGUAAAUUCCCGGGAUAGGUUUUUGGUAUAGAGAUAAACUGGACCUUAAAACAAAACAUAUGCUACUUUUUAUCCUGGAAAAAUCUAUCAGAGUCGCAGGCUUCCGCUAGUUUAAAAUUCAUUUAUUUCUAGAAAGCUUAUUUUACAAGCAAAGUUAAAACUUUUGUUGACGCAUCUUAGGGCUAUUGAUUAACCCCAGUUAGAACAACAAAGUUUUUUUUGGUUGUAUUAUUUAAUGCUGUACAAAUGCGACUUGAUCAUUGAUCAUUUGGGCUCCCCCUUAGGACAUGUAAAUCAAACCAAACAUAAUAGUUACGAAUCACAGGUUUUCUUUUAUUUUAUCAUUAACUAAAAAGAAAUGCAAAGAUAUUUUUUUCCGACUUCACACUCCAGUAACGUCUAAGGUCUAUUAUGGAUAACUUGAUGAGAAAAAUUAAUGAUUACAAAAACAUUACACAUUUUUUUUCUAUAAGUCUUAUAUGGUCUCUCACGACGUCCGCACUGACAUAAUAGCACUUAAUACAUCGAUAAAAGUACACAAAUACUGUGCCGAUUGUCCGUUCCGUACACAAACGCACCGUACAAACUUUGGAAUGCGACAGUCGCGUCGCGGCGCGACGGUCGCGUCGUGUCGCGGCGCGGUGCGUGUACGGUGCUAGCGACGCAUGUUGCACAUUAAUCUUAGCGUUGCGGCGGGCGUCGUGCAUUAGCCGUCUUCCUUUGGCGGCGUGAACCAACCUGAAAUGUGAAUAAUAUAAUUUGUAUUGUCACGGGUAUAGUUAAAUUAAAUUUCAUAUAGGCUUUAUUUACUCGUAGUUGCGGCUUGCAGUUUUAAUUGCACUGCCGAACUAUUCUGACUGAUGAAAAGUCGAACUAUUCAGUUAAAUCUUUUGUGUGUAGUGUACGUCGGUUUUACAGAUUUUUUCUAAUAAUUUUGUUUAAGAUAACAACCCCUGUAGCCAAGUGGCACGUCUUUCUCUUUCUACGAUCGAAAACGCUUCGAAAACUAGAAAAAUGUAUGGGAAUGACAUUUGCUAUCAACAGGUCACGUGAUCAAGAUCGUUUGCGAUCGUAGAAAGAGAAUCGACGUGCCACAUGGCUACAGGGGCUGUACUAAAAGUUAAAACUGAAGGUCUGUAGCGCUUCUUACAAGCUCAUCUGAAGUCAGGUUCUUUGGGUUCAAAAAUUGACAAUUACUUCAUUACGUUACGGUUACGGUUACGGUUUGUUUGUAAGUACCAGUUGUUUAAUUUAGCAUAUUAGGCUAAGGGUCUCAGUCACAACCAUUGACAUUGUGUCGAAAUAUCACAUAAAUUAAACCCACUAAACUUGUCUGAUGCAGGGUGGCUCUAUCUUCUGUAGGGCUAUUAGAAAUAUGCUUAUGGUGAUUGAUGAUGGUUAAAAAAAAUGUGUUAAAAUCCAUGUUGCACACUUCUUUAAAAGAAAUAAUAAUAUCAAAUUGUAAAAUUAAGUAAUAGAUUUAGAUAAGAGUUCCGUUUUUGUACUACGUACUCAGACCAAUUAUUGUAUAGGACCUGCCUCGUUAGACGUUACUUUUCUGUGCGAUUAUAUAUGCGAUUAUAAAAACUGUCUCUAAAGAAUCGAUGUUAAAUACUUGUAAUCGUGUUCGUCCGUUAAAGAGCUCCAUAAAAAUACCUUUUUGUGUAAUUAAAUUGUGAAAAAAACGGGCAAAAACUUCUAGUUUAGUACAAGAUAUAUACAAAAUCUAAGCUCGUUUUCCUCAGAAAAUGACAGACAAUUUUCUUCGUGACUAUGAGUGCGAUACAGGUCCUUCUAUAAUUGGUCUGAGACUACGUACGUUCGGAACCCUAAAAACGAGUGUGCUUUAGAGCCACACGGCUGAAGUAAAACUUAGUUCAAAAUUAAAAGCCAAAGCAGGAGUUACUGAACUGCAAUCUUGAUAUUGGAUAGAAGCAGGCGUUACUUUGCGGAAGUUCAUCAUGAUUAUAUAAUGCAAUUAUAUAAUCAUGAUGAACUUCCGCAAAUAAAUAUAGUGCAAUUGCACGUUGUAGAGUCAACAUCUCCUGAGGAUGCUCCGGUUUCGGGGUGAAACGUACGUAGAGAGUAUUUUGUCGGACCUGGGUGACGUUGUCGCAUGGGUUCGCCGAAUUUUCGCGGAUGAUAGCAAAAUAAAUAAAUCUUGAUGUAUACAAAAAAGGAUUGUUUCAAAGUUCUCUAACAACGCCAUCUAUGGGUAUUUUAAAAUAACAAACAGUUUCACUAUGUUUGUAGAUGGCAGCACGUGUCCUAAACGCCUCGCCCGAUUACGUUUUUCGUAACACCAUUCACCAACUUUUAAAAACUAUUACUUAAUUUUACAAUAUAAGUUCGUCAAUGUUAAAGACUUAUACCUAUGUCCUCACUCCUCAUAUAUUGUAUACCUGUAAAAGGUCAAUUAGUAUGUUUGACUACUUUUAUAAGCCUGUUGCGUUUGACAGUUGACAGACAACGCGUUGGUGUUAUGUUUACGUCCACAUAUUCGCAUCGCAUUUAAUUUUAUUGUAGACUAGCUGACGCCGCGUGGUUCCCGUUCCCGUAGGAAUACGGGGACCUAUAGCCUAUAGCAUUCCUCGAUAAAUGGGCUAUCUAACACUAAAUGAAUUUUUCAAAUCGGACCAGUAGUUCCUGAGAUUAGCGCGUUCAAGCAAACGAACUAACAAACACACUCUUUAGCUUUAUAAUGUUAGUAUAGAUUCGUGCGAUCCUCACGAUGCGGAUCAGUGAACGCAUUUGUACUACUUUCUAUACAAAAAUUAAUGCGAUCAGUUUGAAACGAUGCGUCCGAUACUCACGAUGCGGAUAUGUGGACGCCUACUAUAAAACUUAAGAAACAUCUUAAACCGAAAUUAACGUUAGGUAUAAGUUGUUAAAUGUAUGUAUACGCACAAACGCGCUUGGUCUAUUAUAUGAACACUGCAUAUAAAACCAAACAGACUUCUCAGAAUAGAUUGUCUAAAACUCGAUAGUUUAACAAACUCAAAUGAACAGAUUUUAAUGUCAAAUGAAAAAGAAAACAUCUUAUUUCCUAGAUUCUAAGAAAGUUUAAAUUUUAAUACAUAAAAAUAUUUAACUAAAGUAAAGGUUUUGGUAAGUUAUUGUAAUUUUUAUAUUUAUCUAUUAAAUAAUAAUAAAAUACGCAAAGUUUUAUUAAAUUA